UUGACAGGAACAAAAACACUUCAGAAGAAGAAUUUUACUUUUAGUAAACACGGUAAAUACGAUGCAAUUCAAUUUAGUUACCAUUAAUUGUGCCAAAAAGUGACAAAAUAUUUACGAAAAUGUAUCGCUUGUUGAUUCAUAGCGGAACAAUGUUCCAAAAACUAAUCAAAUGGACUACAAAGCAAAACGACCGUACUAAAAACAUUUAUUUAUCGUUCAGUCACUUCGGUCCUAUGUAUAAAAAAAUUGAAAACCGAGACUACCACAAAUCUACUUCCUACACCGAAAGCGGAAAGCCGUUAACGAGAAAAGUUUUUGUAAAUUAUUUGAAAACGACAUUAAUGUGUCCGGCGAAAGUGGCCACAGACAUCUGGUUAGCCUAUCCAGUACUCGGUGAUAGAUUCUUAAAUGAUGUCGACAAAAAUGUGAACAUUUUAACUGAGGAAGGUGUGACGAUUAAAGCCAUUUUAGAUAAUCCACCGUUGUUGAGUCUGAGUGAAGUCUCUCUUCGAGAACGUCUGACCAUUCUGAAAUGUCUGAUGCCGGAUAAAGUCGAAGACUUUCUACCAUUGGCGCUGGUUGCUGAUACUCGGUUAAAUGAAAUCAAGGAAAUAGCUGAACGGGAAGCAGAUGUGAUACCUAGCAGACAUCGAAUUUAUUAUUUCAGUAAGCUGCUGGAGACGGAACCGUACACCUUAAGUAAACAUAUUGUGCCUAAUCGACUGUUUAUGUUGACACUGCCAUUCAAAGAAGUUAAUCAUCGCAUCAAAACAAUGUUAACGUAUAAAACACCCGCACAAAUUAUUUCAAACUUGCGGCUCAUCAAAAACAGUGAGCAAUUCCUUGAAUCGUUGCGUCAGGCUAAUUUGAACGAGAACCUGAAUCUUGAACAUAAUUUGUCAAUGGCCCAGUACUACGCAAAUCGUUUAGACUACGACAUCGAGAAAGUUGAAACGAUGCUGAAAAUAUAUCCGUUCUUAGCGAGCAUGGACGUGAACAUGGUAGACAAAAAACUCGACUUUCUACUGAAAGAAGUUGGUGUAAGUGCAUCGGCAAUUGUUUAUUCUCCUCGUACAUUGCUCACACGCCUUGACAAGAUGAAACAGCGAUUUCAGGAAUUAGAAUUUUAUGGCUUUGGAUGCCAAGGACAUCAACAGAUACUGGUCAAAAUUUCACUAAGCGAGAAAAAAUACAGCGAAUUUCUUGUUAAAUUGAAAGAAGAGUGGGAACAACAACAAAACGAAAGGAAUAGUUUUGUUGGGAAGUUACGGAAAAUGUUUUCUUUUUGAAUAUUGUAUACAAUACGCGCAGGUGAAUUUAUAAAGUCGGAGAUUAAUUAUGAAAACUGUUAUGAAUAUAUAGCGACAAUAAACAAGCGAAGUCAA